CGGCGUCAGUUCUUGCGGACGCAGCUCGCGUUGCAUUUAGCGGCGGUCGGUGCGGCGGCGGCGGUAGUGACGGAGUGGAGCGGGCGGGGGCCGCGGGCGGAGGGGGCUUGGUACGACUACCAUGAAGGGACCAGAGAGACAAGCUCAAAUAACUGAAAGCAUGGCAGAUACGACAGAUGUGGCAGAAACUGUUCAGGAAGAUGUUCCACCUUAUCUUAGAGAAGAACCUCCAGAAGAACCCAAGAAGGAACUUGAUGUUCAAGAGCCAGGAAUGAUCUGGAGAAUGACCGGAGGUCUUUACAGCAUGACAAAAGGAGCGGUGGGUGCCACACUUGGAGGUGUGGCUUGGGUUGGAAGCAAAAGUCUGGAGUUGACCAAAACAGCUGUGACCACAGUACCAGCGGCUGGUGUUGGCCUGGUGAAAGGAAGUGUGUCAGCAGUGUCUGUUGGUGUUGGUGCUGUAGGCUCAGCUAUGGCCAGCAAGGUUCCCUUUACAUCCAAAAAAAAGGACAAAUCCGACUAAGUGAAUGGUUUGUAGGGUAUGUUUUCCUUAUAGAAAAAAACCAUCAUGAUUUAAGUAUACCUGGACAUGUUUGGAUACACCGCCAUGGUAUAUGUUUUAAUGGGCGACCAGUGAGAUAUGCGCUUUUAUGAAACUUUGCUGCCUCCACGCUUCUCCCCCACCCCAGUUUCUCCUGUGCUCAUGCCAUAUCUCUUCACUCUGUGUGCUGUCAAUGAAAAACAGAGCAGUUGAUCCCAUUCUACACUGUCCACUGACAAGGUAAAACAUUAUGCUUCUGGGCUUCUGCUGGCAUAAGGAUUGGCAGCAUAAGGAUGGUCAAAGCACCAGAUCUAUAAAGGAUGUAUGACACCCACAGUUAAAAUGUACAAAAAUAUUUUAUUUGUGUGGUUGGAGGAACAAAAUAACAACUGAUCAACAUCAAAAAGAACUCCUCCCUACAUGUAUAUAUUUAUUGGUUCUAGUAGUAUUUUGUAUGCUUGUUUUGUUCAUGUCAAUUAUAAAGGGGCUGAUUUUCUGUUUCAGUUUUUUGCUUUUUAGCUAUUUGGAUUAGAACACAUUGGGGUAUAUAUUGCUUCAAACAUGUUGGUGCAGAAAAUUUUUAAAUGUUAUGUUGGGAAUAGAAGUACCUGGUUUUGAAUCAUUAUUUUACAAUGCAGCAAAUCUUUUAUUCCUGCUCCACUGUGUUCCACUUUCACGUGGCUAGCCAGGCUCGAAUUGGGAGCAGUGUGAUACCGCAACACUGCAGUUUUGGUUACAGUUUACCAUGAGUAGCCUGACUUCUCACUUUUCAUUAUUGUUACCUGCUAUAAAUGGUAUUGGUAGCAGGCAGUUAUUACCACAGAGUGUUGCUGUUUGCACUGUUCACUCUUUUUUUUGCUCCACGGUUACUUUCCAUCAUUUUUCUGUACACCUGAUAUUUCUGUGGCAAGUUACUGUAUUAAGACUGGAACAGUCAGGUGAUUUCUGUUGACCAAAUUGCAAAACAUUUAGUUUUUGUCUAUAAUAGAACUAUUUUUGCAAAUAUGACACCUGAAAGCUAUGGAUUAGACUGUAAGUCUGUAUUUUAAUGGAAAUAAAGUUUAAAAAAAUCUCAAAACAACAUGAAUGAAAAUGUUUAGCUUUACACACUUCAUAUUUUCUUUGAAAUAUCAGUACAUUUUCAAAUACUGGGAAAGUCAUAUUUGCAUUGAUGGAAACAUUGUUACCAGUAAACCUGGGAUGUGGAUCACAUCGACAUAAACAUUAAAAUAUUAAUAAAAAUGGAUGAGUUCAUCAUGCAAUUAGGGUAGUUAAGACAAUAGAGAUAGAUAUUCUGCGACAUUUUUUUUUAACUACAUGAAUAAAUUUGGGCCUGUUGACUAUCUUCAUCUAUAAAUAUCAUGUGGAGUGGAUGUGAUACAGACUAGCUCCAAGAAAUCAAUUUAACCAGCACCUGUAAUGGCUACAAUUGGACUUGGAGAAGCUGAUGUUCUUCUUGCCAAGCCACAGAAUUCCAGCUGUCUAUUGAAUGAGACGUUCAAGCUAUAAAAUUAAUUUCCAGACCAUAGCUUAAAACUAACCAUGUGUGCAGAUGGUGACUGUGGAAUGAUACACAGUAUACAGACCAGGAAUAAUAUUGCUCUAGUCACCAAUGCUGAACAAGCAACUGAAGUCAUAGUUCAAAUCCCAGUAUCAUGUUAUGUUUAAUUCAGUAAA